CACUGUUUGAGCUUUUGUCACAAUGGAUUCUUAUGGAAACAUACAUGCAGGUCUUACUUUUAUCCAACCACCACACACAGGAACAUAGGACACCACGGCGCCCUACCACUGCACGCCGCCUCCCACGUCUGUCUCCGUCUGUCUCUGUUGUCUGUCUGUCGGUCAGUCAGUCCUUCUUGGCAGUGCCCGAAGACAGAGGCGGCCAGCUCUCCAGCCCUAACCCCAAUCCCCCAGGCACCAUCGACUGCUCCUCGUCCACCGCCUUGCUGGUGCUGCUGCUGCUAUCACCCGUCACACCCGCACCGCCAUCAUGGUCACCCCCUCCCCCACCCGCAGCAGCCUCAUGGCUCUCUGAUGACGGCUUCUGUUGGGUGUCCUCUGCUGCUGUGGGUGGUGCUGGCCCGGCCUGCUGCGGUGGCGGCGGCUGCUGCUGCUGCUGCUGCUGUUGUGUUUGGAGCUCGAGCAGCUUGACGGCGACCUGCCGUCUUUCCUCCUCUAUCAUGAGCUCGGCCUCUCUGUCGUAUAUGGCUGCCUGCAGCUUGGACAGCCGCUGCAGCUCGUGGCUGAUGCUGCUCGCCACCAUAGCCACUGCAGAGGGGUCGUCCAAGUCUAACAUGGCCUCACAGUACCUGAUAUGAUAUGACGCACACAGCAGCAGGGUGACAGCAGGGUAGCACGGUGCGGGUGUGUUUCUGGUGACCCUUUGCCAGCGAAUUGGCUCAUGAGGCCCUCAGCUACUGCGCCGUCCGAAGGAGACCUGACGACACACACACACACACACACGCAUACAAACCAAUGCCUCUCGUGCGUGUGUCUAGCUAUUGGCGGGUGGGUGGGUUUGUCUUACUGUUGUGCGGCUUCUUCCAAUUGUUGUGUGGAUGUCUGCAGGGACGCGUAUGAGUCCUGGCAGCUCUGGACCUCAUUCGUGAGGCGCUCCUUCUUGGUCAGGUGGUUGCGGUGAAACUCCUGCAGCAUCACGCUGUACCUGCAGACAUCACACACACACACACACACACACACAGACACACACAGAUGGAGACAAUGUCAUUCCACUAUUGUGUGCGGCAUGGGGGGCUGUGUGUGUGUGGUCUGUACCUCUGCGCUUGGUCUUUGAGUUGGUUCUCUAGCUGGAUGCGACGCUCCUUGAAGACGGCGUCCUCGCUGGCACACACAGACAGACAGUCAGACGUCAGACAGGCAGGAGAAUCGACAAGGAUAAGCAUCUGUCUCGAUGUCUCGCAAUGUUCACUGACCCUGCAGCCAUCCCUCCUCCGCUGGCAAUGCCGUUGGCCAUCAUGGCCAUACCACCGCCACCACCACCCGCCUCCAUGCCCAUGCCCAUGCCCAUGCCCAUAUUGACAUUGCUGCCCUCCUGGCCAGCGCCAAACGGCUGAAACCCUGAGGAAAACAGACUACUGCCAACGCCCUGCUGCUGCUGCUGCUGCUGUUGGAACUGCUGAAUGGGCUGUUGCAUGGGCUGCUGGAAGGGCUGCAGUUCACCACCGCCAGACAGGCCCAUGCCCAUACCCAUCUCGGCCGCACCCACCUUGGGCAUCUCACUCCCACCACCCCCAGACCCAUAGCUGCCAUACCCACCACCCCCGCCCGCCUCAUUGGUCGACAGCCGUGCCAUCCACUGCGGCAGCAUGGCCUCCGCCACGGUGCGACAUCCAUUUGGGUCGUCUCGGGGGCUCUCUGCGAGCGGUGUGUGUGUGGUAUGAGAUGGGUGUGCCGAUGCGAUCGGUGUGACGUCCUUGGUGGGGCGGUGGGUGAUGGGCAGGGGGGUGCUGCGCGACACCGACUCGGUCAAAGUGACACCCUCGACGUGGGGGAUGUUCACCCCGCUGCCGAGGUUCUGCGUGUACGGCAGCGUGUAGUGCUGCAACGCACGCACCUCAGCUGCACCCACCCACCAUCGGACAGAAGAACAAAAGGGCCGAGGAUGUGUUUCUGGUUGAUUGAUGGGCGAUGUGAUGUCUGUCUGUCUGUUGGGUUGUUUGUGUAUCUAUAGGUGUGUGGGUUGGCACCUAGGGAGUGGACGAAUGGGCAGAAGUACUGCGAGCAGGCGUUGGUCUCCUGGUAUUGCUUGCACAGAUGCCUGAAUGGCGCAAGGCGAGGCAGGGCGACAUCAGACAGACAGUGGGCAGGAUGGUGGGGUGCAACAAACGUACAUACAUUUGCAACGAUAUCUGUCUGUCCGCCGUCCCCCUGCCUGCCUGCUUGGCACCGCACCGUUUGUAGAAGAGCGGGUGGUACAUGAUCUCCUCAUUCGAAUGCGCAAAGGGACACUGCAAACCAGGCCCCCAAAACACACAUCCAUCCACCCAUCCGUCCAUCCACAUCGGCCCUUCCCUCCCUCCAUCCUCACUCACCUUGUCCCCAUGGUUGCAUUUGUUCUCCAAUAUCUCAUGUCCCGUGCCGAGGACGAUGUCGGGGCAUGGCAGCGGCAGGUACCGCAGCGCGUUGCGGUCGCUCUUGUACACGGGCACCCGCCGGAUCCAGUAGAAGUUGUGGCUGUACUCGCACUCGCUCUCGGGGCGGCUGCAGGUCCCCGAGUCGCGCACGUGGCGGCACGGCGACGUGCGGAAGCGGAUGAGGUCGUCCACUGACAGGUACCCCGGCAUCUUCAGCCGACGGUCCAUUUAGCUACACGUACCAUCAAAACAACGCCAUCGUCAAAGAUGCAUCGACAACAUCAAAAGGCCCGCGAAUGAGAUAUCAUCGAUUUGCAAUGCAGACUCAUCUCGUUGAGAAGGCAUCUGUUGGGUGGAUGCAUGCGUCGGCC